CAUGUUCAUUACAACUCUAGCAACAAAAAUGGUUGUAAUAGUUUUGUGAGAGUUCGAAUCUCUGUCAUUAAAAAUGUUCAGACUUCAGUUAAAUCACCACUUCCUAUAUUGGUGAAUGGGUGUACUGGCAAAAUGGGGAGGGCAGUUCUUGAAGCAUCAAUCUCUGCGGGACUUCAACCCGUGUCUGUAUGUUUUAGUGGUCCAGAAGAUGAAGGAAAAACUGUGGAAGCGGGUGGAAAAGAGAUAACUGUGCAUGGUCCUUCAGAUAGAGAAAACAUCCUGUCCUCUGUUUUUGAGGAACACCCGAAUCUAAUUGUAGUGGACUAUACAGUGCCUGCUGCUGUGAAUGAUAAUGCUGAAUUAUACAGCAAAGUGGGAGUGCCUUUUGUGAUGGGAACAACUGGUGGAGAUAGGGAAAAGCUGUACAAAACAGUGGCAGACUCAAAAGUUUAUGCUGUGAUCUCCCCACAAAUGGGAAAGCAGGUGGUAGCUUUUCUCGCAGCCAUGGAAAUCAUGGCCGAACAAUUCCCUGGAGCUUUCUCUGGGUACAGUUUACAGGUGAUGGAGUCUCAUCAAGCAAGUAAAUUGGACACUUCUGGAACUGCGAAGGCUGUUAUCUCUUGCUUUCAGAAACUAGGCGUUUCUUUUGAUUUGGAUGAGGUACAACUAAUACGAGAUCCCGUACAACAAGUUGAGAUGGUUGGUGUCCCCGAAGAACACUUGUUAGGCCAUGCUUUCCACAUGUACCAUCUGACCUCACCAGACGGAACGGUUUCUUUUGAAUUUCAACACAAUGUUUGUGGUAGAUCUAUCUAUGCAGAGGGCACAGUUGAUGCUAUACUUUUCCUUGCUAAGAAGGUGAAGUUGAAAGAAGAGAAGCGGAUAUAUGACAUGAUCGACGUGCUGCGAGAGGGGAACAUGCGAUAACAGCUGAGUUACAUAUGCUGGAGCAGGGUGUAUAGCAUUUAGACCUCGGAAUGGAGAGAAACGAAUGGUGGGUUCAAUUUUGUUGGCUUUGGCCCUUCCAGUGGUUCUUGAUGCUUUCGGAUCUGUAGUUGAAUGACUCUUAAGAUGCAGAAAUCAAAAUAAUAUAAAGAUUCUAUUAUGACUA